AUGUCGAAUUCUCUCAUAUGCUCAAAAAUACCAAGCCACCACCUGAUUUGGCCCAGCUCACGCACCUCUCUAGCCGUCGCAAACUCUGGUGGCCCCGAUUCAACCUGUCUACUGUUCUUGAUCAACCGCUAUCUUCUCGAGCAUCCCGGUUCCUCUUCGCAACCUCAACGCGUUAUAUCCUUCACCGUCGACCAUGACCUGCAGAAAAAAUCUUCAGACAUGGCUAACCACUGCAGGUUGUUUGCUCAAUCAAUAGGUGUAGAGCAUAUCACAAGCAAAAUUCCCUGGGGCGAAGGGGUUUAUCCUCCGCGCCCUUCGCCAGGCGACAUGUUUGAACGGACAGCUCGAGACGCCCGCUAUGCCUUGCUUUUGCAAACCUUGACGCGUGCUGACGUCGAUGUCCUUGCAGUGGGUCAUCAUGCCGAUGACCAGGUCGAAACUGCGUUGAUGCGGCUGGGAAUGGGGUCCACUCAGCUUGGUGCUGGUGGCAUGCGAGCUUGUCGAAGGUGGGGCAUGGGUGCAGGAAUAGAUGAGCGUUCUCUGUCAUGGGCUGGCCACAAAGGCAUGAGUAAAUGGAUUGUCCGUCCCCUGCUGGACGUCGGCAAGGAUAGAAUCCUCGCGACUUGCGAGCAGAACAACCUGGAAUAUAUUACGGAUCCAACCAACUUUCAACCCCACAUCACUAUUCGAAACGCGAUACGCCGCCUCAUAGACGGGACGCCUGACGUAGACCAUCUUAACCUUCCUCCGGACAUCAUUGAAAAAGUUGAAAGUAUCAACAAAUCUCUCUCAUCUGUGCCUACUUCCCUUGAUCUGACCUCUGGUCUGGAGUCACUGCGGGGCGCGGUCAAAUUUUUUCACUCGCAACUUGAAGAUGUGGACUCCCAAGUGGACAGCAUUCUAAAAAGGUGCAGGCUCCCGUCUCCACCGGGUACUUUUUUGAUGGCGCUGGCAUCGGUUUUAGAUGACAAUCGAUUCUUACUACAACAAGCGAUGGUCAUCCGCAUUCUGCGAACUAUUUCUUUUUAUCCUUGGGGGUCACUCCAAUCUGAAGCGGGAAGGCGACAACUCAGUUUGAAACAAAUCAUAACGAAACUCUGGAACCCAGACCCGUUUACUGACGGAAUCAAACCGUUCGUCGCUGGAGGAGGCGUUCUGUGGAAGCCAGUUGUAUAUCGUCGGGAAAAAAUCAAGGACGUCACCCGCGUAUCUGAUCUUUUGAGUGACGAUACCGUGGCAUGGUUGGCGUCCAGACAACCUCCAUUCGACAAAAAAAACGAGUUACUACGAAUGGCAGAAGAUUCUUCUUUAUUUCGCGACAUCACGAAUUCAUUGGUCGACGGCUUGGACUUGUGGAAAACAAACAACGGCCCUGAAUAUGUCGAAGUUUUGUUUGAUUGUCGAUUCCUUGUUUCCUUCCGUCUGCCUCACAUUCCGAUUGAAAUUUUAUCCGCCCUUAUAUGA